AUGACCAAAACAGGCGGCCACUUCACAUUAAGAAUUUCUUCAACAACACACACACGCACACAAGAACAUGGCUUCGACUACACCUUCCAGCGCACACACUCCACAGCGAGCUUGAACGAUGUGGCAUUCGAUGUGUUUUCUAUCUUCCCGAUCGAAACAUGUUUGCCUUUGCGCGUAGACUUCACACGAUUGACACCUAUGGCUCGCAAACAAACCACCUUGAAGGCUGGCAAAGCCGGAAAAUCCAAAACCUCGCGUAACGUCUCUUCGGAGACCAAGUCCAGAAAAGUCGUACGUUUGAUCCUCUAUCGGCCGAUGCCACGCGGAGAUCUCUAUGAGGAAACAGGAGAAUACCUAGCCAUCCGCUUCUACCGUCUCGGCCCCGGCGGCCGAAUCCUCCACUCUACUGCAUGCUGUUUGUAUUCUGAUAGUGCCUAG